UAUCAGUAUCAGUUAUCUGUGGUGGUACUUACGUUGAGAAAGUAGCUUUCUAAAUUUUUUGGCGUCUUAUCUUGCUUUCCAAAUAUUGGAUAUUCUAGUGUUUAAAACUUUACAAGAUUUGUGAAUUUAGUUGUUUUAUGUGUGAACUAUCGCUGCUUAGAACAGUAUUCUUUUGAAUUGAUACUAAUUAGAAAGCAACAUGGAAGCUCUGACAGUUCCGCCAUGAAUGCAAAAUAAAUAGAAAUUGCGGAGGAGCUGGAAGUGAAUACAGAUAGGAUAGAAGCUUCACGAUGUUGAGAGGUGGGCGCGGUGGUCGUCACAGUCCGGAGCUGUACCCCCACACAUUGAAGUGCUCCAACGCCAGCGACACAAGCUCUGCGUACAGCGGCAGUGACACCAUGACCUCGGUACACAGUUCAUUAGACAUGGAUAUGGAAGUAGACUUGUCGGGUCUCCUCGAGUCCAUAGUGGAUUCAGAUGAAGAGGAAGACUUGGAGGAGAGCAUGGACAGUUUGACAGUCCGCGAUGCUGUCAGAGAAUGCCUCGAGAAAGAUCCAAAUGAGAGAACGGAUGAUGAUAUUGAAAUACUUCUUGAAUUCACACAACAUUUGAAAGCUUUUACUAAUAUGACCUUAACAGUACGAAGGGCUCUUUGCGCUGUGAUGGUUUUUGCUGUGGUUGAGAAAGCUGAAACAGUAGUUAUGAAUGAUGGUGAAGAGCAUGAUUCGUGGUCUGUUCUCAUAAAUGGUCAAGUGGGAAUUGAACAUCAGAAUGGAGAUGUAGAGCACUUGAAUGUUGGAGACAGCUUUGGUAUGGCAGAGGCUACGUUGGAAAAACUGUAUCACAGAGGUGUAAUGACAACUAGAUGUGAUGAUUGCCAAUUUGUUUGUGUCACUCAAACAGAUUAUUACCGUAUUUUGCAUCAGGGUGAAGAAAACAUAAGAAGACAUGAAAAUGAAAAUGGGGUUGUCGUAUUGGUCACUGAAUACAGAGGAGCUGCUGGGGAAUCGGGACACCAACAAGGUCAUGUAGUCAUUCGGGGUACACCAGAGCAUUUGAUGUUACAGCUCAUUGAAGAUAACUCUCGUGACUCCACAUAUGUGGAAGACUUUUUAUUAACCCACAGGACCUUUAUUGAAAGCCCCCUGGUUGUUGCCAAACAGUUACUUGCCUGGUUUUCUGAACCUUCAGUCCGUGACAAAGUUACCAGAGUGGUUUUAUUGUGGGUCAAUAAUCAUUUUACUGAUUUUGAAACUGAUCCAAAUAUGAUGGAAUUCCUGGAAAGCUUUGAAUCUGCUCUUGAGUGUGAAAAGAUGGAAAGCCAACUAAGGUUAUUAAAUAUAGCUUGUUCAGCCAAGGCUCGUACUAGAAGUGUUACUUUAUCACGCUCUUCUAGAGAUGAACCAUUAAACUUUACUAUUUUAGGAGGAUAUGAAAGGGGAUAUGAAAUCUUCAUUCUAAAAGUAGAAAAACACUCAAAGGCAGAAGAUGUAGGAUUAAAAAGAGGAGAUCAAAUAAUAGAGGUCAACGGUCAAUCCUUUCAACAUGUCAGUCAUGCUAAAGCCAUGGAUAUAAUAACGGGGUCCACACACUUGAGCAUUACUGUAAAAAGUAAUUUAUUGGCUUUUAAACAAAUGUUGCACAUGCCAGAAAAUUCACCAAGGCAAAGAGGAUGUGCUAAUAUGGUCCGCUGGCAAACAGAUCCCAGAGCCAGAUUAUCUACCGCAGAACUUCUUAGUGACGAUCCUAUCACCCUAACUCCAGUUUUUCAAUCUCCUACCAAAAAACCACAACAAAUAAAUAUUAAAAAAGAGCCACAAAGAGGUUUUAUGACUUUAGGUCCUAAAAAAUUACAUAAAGCUUUAAUGAAAAUGAACAUACUCCCAAAAAAUACAAUUACUGAUGGUAUUCAUAAUGAUGACAGUAUCAUUUCAAAUUCUGAAACAUUAAACAAAGCCAACUCUAGUACCUCAUUCUACAACUCACAUAGUAAUCCAGACCUGAUAUCUAUAUGUUACGAUGAGUAUCAGUCGUCUGAUUACCUGUACCCUGAACAUGUACUCAAAGUGUAUAAAGCUGAUCAAACCUGCAAAUAUUUGUUAGUACACAAGGAAACAACUGCUAGGGAAGUUGUUAUGCUUACCUUGCAGGAAUUUGGAAUCACAGAUCCCAGUUCUAAUUUUUCACUUUGUGAAGUAUCUGUCGCACAAGGAGGUAUAAUAAAACAACAUAGAUUGCCAGAUCAAUUGCAAAAUCUUGCCGAGCGUAUUGGUCUCAGUUCACGCUAUUAUCUGAAAACGAAUGGAGUUAGUGAAACAUUAGUACCUGAUGAAAUGGCACCAGAAUUGUUGAGAGAAAGUGUCGUACAUUUCCUGCAACUGAACGCUGUUGAAGUUGCAGUUCAAUUGACUUUACAAGAUUUCUGCAUCUUUAGACAGAUUGAAAGCACUGAGUAUGUUGAUGACCUCUUUGAGUUGAAAAGUAGGUAUGGUACACCAAUGUUAUCCCAAUUUGCAGGACUUGUAAACAAGGAGAUGUUCUGGGUUGUAACUGAAGUGGUCAAUGAGCAGAAUCUUGUUAGAAGGUCAAAAAUAAUAAAACAAUUUAUAAAAGUUGCCCGUCAUUGUAAAGAAUGUAAAAACUUCAACUCAAUGUUUGCUAUCAUAUCUGGAUUAGGUCAUGGAGCUGUGUCCAGACUUCGUAUGACAUGGGAAAAAUUACCAACAAAAUACAACAAGUUAUUUUCUGAUCUACAAAUGCUUAUGGACCCAUCCAGAAAUAUGUCAAAAUACAGACAGCUAGUGACCACUGAACAAGGCAGAUCUCCAGUGAUUCCAUUUUACCCAGUUGUUAGAAAAGAUUUAACAUUCAUCCAUCUUGGAAAUGACACUAAAGUUGAAGGAAUGGUUAAUUUUGAAAAAUUGCGAAUGAUUGCUAAAGAGGUCAGAACACUCACUAACAUGUGUAGCUCUCCAUAUGACCUUCUAACAUUAUUGGAACUAGGCAAACAGCCUCCUUCUAAUGCCAUGGUCGCCUUGAACCAACUCACCACCGGCGUACAACAAGGUCAGGUGACUGUCAAGAGAAGGAAAAAAUCGGCCAAUGUGCCCAACCACAAGAAAAUGUUUGAAGAAGCACAAAUGGUUCGACGAGUCAAAGCAUAUUUAAAUAGAAUGCAUGUAGAAACAGAUGAAGAACGCCUGCAUGCAUUAUCACUGGAAUGUGAAGGUUCUGGACCUGCACCCAUGGUUCCUCGGCGGCGACACCCGUCACCAUCUCUAUCAACAACCAGUAGUGCAUCUUCAGCCAGUGAAAGCAAAAAGAGCUUUGCUGGCAAUAAGUUCGGUGCGGCUUCACCACAAGCAGUUCGAAAACUGCUAGCUCUAUCUGAGCCUGCUAAAACGAGGCCUCACCAACCAAGACCGCCACCUUCAGGUCCUUCACCUUGUUCUCACCGUCGGGACGGUCCGGUCGUGGGUAUCUGUUGCUCUCGAGCGGCGCACGAACGAUCGCACUCCGACACACCUACUCCACUACCGGUCGAUUUGUCAGCAGAGAGUAGCAGUGUGACGUCAUUAGUUAACUUGCCAUUAAGGAAAACGGGUUCAGCCACAUCUAGCGACAGCGGCCACGGCUCGUGUACGACGGCGAGCUGCGUGCGGCCGGUCCCGCCGCCCCGCAUGCCGUACACGCUCGCCGCGCAGGUCGCGCGCCUCGAGCGCCUCAGCCGCGCGCACUCGCACGAGGGGGUCACACGACCCUACGACUAUUACCACGAUACGCCGGAUGAUGAAGACGACGAACAACAAGUUUCAGCUGUUUAAAAUUUUAAAUAUCUAUCUGAGCCUGCUAAAACAAGGCCUCACUAACCAAGACCACCACCUUCAGGUCCUUCACCGUGUUUCACCAUCGGGACGGUCCAAUCGUGGGAAUCUGUUGCUCUUGAGCGACGCACGGAAGAUCGCAUUCCGACUCACCUACUUCUCUACCGGUCGAUAUGUCAGCCGCGAGUAGCAGUGUGACGUCAUUAGUUAACUUGCCACGAGGGGGUCACACGACCCUACGACUAUUACCAUGAUACGCCUGAUGAUGAAGACGACGAACAACAAGUUUCAGCUGUUUAAAAUUUUAAAUACUCUUAUAUAUCAUCUAUUUAUUAUAGAUCAGUUUUGUAAUCUCACUCGACGAAUAGAAAGCACGAAUUACAUACGUUUUUUCAUAUAAUAUAUUGUUAUUAAACUAAAUAUCAUAUUGUAUGUAUCCCCUACAAAUAAGUUUAAAGACUGUAUAAUUUUAACAUUUUAAUUAGAAUGUGUCCUAGUGUUACAUAGUGUAAAAUUAAUACAUCUUAAGCCAUGCCUCUAUUAAUUAUUAUUAUUAUAAUUAAAAUUAAUGUGACCCACCAUGUUCCAGUUAUUAUUAUCUAGAGAUGUUUAAUGUUUAGCAUUACUUGGGAAUUAUUUCAUAUAUGUCUUUGGUAUCUCUACAUUCCGUUAUUUGUAUAUUUUUAUCAUUGUCAUUAUUUAUAAUAUGCAACUUAGACCAAAUAAUAAUUAAUGUACCUUUAAUAUUUACGACUCAAGAUUGAUUUUUAAAAUAUUUGUAUGUGGUAGUAUUUUUUGGUAGCUUUGAGGACCAAUAAUGAGUUUGAAUGUUAUUUCUUAUGGUAGCAGUUUGUAAUUUGUUUAUAUCACGAUUUUAAUUAAAACAAUUAUAAAUGUAAAUAAUAAAACUAUAAUUAAAUUAGAUCAUAAUAAUGUUUAUUUAAAAACUUAUAAAUAUCUUAUUCAACAAUUUAUUUUGUCGUGAAUAAUUCUGGCAUUUGUAGCCAAAUAAAAUAUGCAAAUAAAAAUUA